AUGCCGUCCAAGCCUGCCCCCAUCAAGAAGGCGGCGAAGAAGGAACCAGCCAAGAAGGAGGAGAAGGCUCCAGAGCCCGAACCCGCAGCCGAACCCGCACCAGCUGAGGCUGCACCCGCUGAGGCCGCACCCGCUGAGGCCGUACCAGCUGAGGCUGAGGCUGCACCUGCCGAGGCGGCUCCUGCUGAAGCCCCCGCUGCUGAGGAGCCCAAACCCCCCACCCCUCCACCCGCAGAUGGUAAAGCACCGCGCGAGCGCUGUGGCGUGACAGCCACGAGCUGCCGUCACGUCUAACCGAUACUGUCAGCUUUAAAACAGUCAUUUCUCAGUGAUCGAACCCUGGAGUUGUUGUUAACUCUUUCAUUUAAGCCUCAGUUUCCGGUUAAUCAGACGGUAAGAACUCGGUAACCAUUACGCACGGGCGCCUGUGCGCGCUCACGCUCAGGGUUGGUCUGAUUCGGGUCUUUAGAUUCGCCGUAAUAAUAAUGUUAACUGCACGUUUACUGCAUAAUCCUCCUGCUUGGACUCUUUUUAAAGUUCCUGAAAGUUGAACUCGGGCGCGUUUGUCUUCGUUCAGCAGAGCCUUGUAAAGCUAACCUUCACUCAGGUUGUUAAUGUGCGCUUUUUUAACCUCAGUGUCAGCUCCAAACUAUCAACCAAUCAGAGAGAGAUCUGAAAAAUUAAACCCUACAGACGGUGACAGAGUCUGGGAGGUCUGAUCACUGAAGUAAAACACAUAUUAACAACCUUUUUCUGAAACAUUUCUUUAUUAUUUCUAAUAUUUAACAUGUCUCUCUCUCUCUCUGCUCUGUGAUUUCUGCAAAUGUUCUAACCUCUAAUAUCCACAUCAGCUGCUCCUGCUCAAGCUGCAGAUCAGCCAGCCGCCCGUGGUCUGACACCCUGAGAGGAGUUACCCGAGUCUCCGAACACUCACCUGUUUCUGCUCUUUCUCUUUGUUGUUUUUAUUUUUUACAUUUAUUUAUUUUUAAUUUUUUAAUUCAUUUAUUCAGGUUUUUUUCUUAAUUUUUUUCUUUAUUUCUUUUUUUUCUUCCCUUUUUUUAAUUUAAUUAUCUCAUUUUUUUUCUUUAUUUUUUUCUUUCUUUACUAAUUUAUGUUUAAAUUUAUUUAUCUCGUUUUUUUCUUUACUUUUUUCUUUAUUUUUGAAUUUAUUUAUUUAGGUAUUUAGUUUUUUAUUUUAUUUACUUAUUUAUUUUUACACUUAUUUAAUUAGUUUUUUCUUUAUUUUUUAAUUCAUAUAUUUAUUUUUACAUUUAUUUAGUUUUUUUUUUUUUUUUUUUUCCUUUUUUUUCUUUUUUUGGAUAACUGUAACCUCUUUUAUAGCAUCUUGGAAAUAUUACGUGAUAUUUUUAAGAUGCUAUAGAUCUCUAUACUGAUCUCUCUAACCUUUUAAAAAUCAGCUGCAGCACCUGCUCCAGAGGAACCCCCAGCUGCUGCCGCUGAGGCCCCUGCUGAUGGUAAAAACAGACUAUCAGUGGAUUAACAGCUGAUCUUUUAUGAGUACUACACAAACUUGACCCUCCUAUAGUUAAAGCUAACCACACUAACUUCUCCUAACCCCUUAUCAACUGCAGCGCCUGUUGUAGAGGAAGCACCAGCUGCUCCUGAGGCACCUGCUGAGGGUAAAAAUAAAAGCCUGAAAUAAUAACAGACAUCUUAUAUGUUUUAAAUCUUGAACCACCCACCGCCUAAAAUAAAGCUAAUCUUACUAACAUCUUCUUCAACCUGUAAUAUCAGCUGCUGCUCCUGCUGCAGAGGAAACACCAGCUCCUGCUGCUGAAGCUCCUGCUGAGGGUAAAAAUAUAGGAUGGAAAAAUAGACUCCUUAUAUAACCGAUUAUACAUCUGUAACCCUAAACAGUUAUGCUAACGACACCUACUAAUGCCCUCUGACCUUUAUUAUCUGAUGCUAACCCCGUCUAACCUUCAACAUUAGCUGCUCCUGCUCCUGCAGAAGAAGCUCCAGCUCCUGCCGCUGAGGCUCCAGCUGAGGGUAAAAACACAUGAUGGGAAAACAAACAUUUGUGUAAUUUAUGCAUUUGUAAAUUUCUAACCGUCAACAGUAACGCUAACUACAAAUACUAAAACAUUUCUAUCUGUGAGCCUUUAUUUUCUACGACAGAGUAUUAGGGACACAUUAAGUAAAUAAAAAUGAAGACUUCGAGAUUAAAGUCGUUAAUUUACGAGAAUAAAGUCAUGAUAAAGUCCUUAUAUUCUAACCUGCUGUUUUAGAUGAUAGUUGUUGAAAUGAGAGACAUGGAGCAUUUCGUAAAAAUGUAUUUAAAGAUUUGUUUCUCAGACAAGGAGAUACUUCAUCUUUUGGCACAUCAGCACCACAUUAUCAUAAGUAUAGUAGUAGUUGGUUACGACUUUAUUCUUAUAAGUAAUUACUUUACUACGACUUUAUUCUCAUAUGUAAUGAUUUUACUUCAUACUUCGACUUUUUCUUUUAAAUGAAUUACUUUAAUCUCGAGUCUUAAUUUUCUCAAAGUCCUAAUUUUUUUUUGUCUUAAUGUGGCCCUAAUACUCUGCCGUAAUUUUCCGAUGCUAACACCUUCUAACCUUCGAUAUUAGCCGCCCCUCCUGCUGCAGAAGAAGCACCGGCUGCCGCUGCUGAGGCUCCUGCUGAUGGUAAAAAUAGAGCGAAAAAGAAACUUUAAACGAGCAUUUUUCAAUUUCUAACCCCUCAAUGGUAAAGCUACCUACGACUACUAACACCUGAUGAUCUUCUAACCUUCAUUUCCUGAUGCUAAUCUCCUCUAACCUCUAAAAUCAGCUGCUGCUCCCGCCGCAGAAGAAGCUCCUGCUGCUGAAGCUCCUGCUGAGGGUAAAAAAAACUAUAGUGGAAAAAAAAAAACAGAGAACUUUUCUUCAACCUUUAACCUUAAACAGUAAAGCUAACGGCACUUUCCACUAACCUCUGAUUUAACUCUUUAACCGCGACUUUCUGAUGCUAAUGUCCUCUAACCUCUAAAAUCAGCUGCUGCUCCCGCCGAAGGAGAAGUGCCAGCACCGGCUGCUGAAGGCGAAGCUCCCGCCGAUGGUAAAGAGAAAACUAGAAUCAAACACAUAUAUAGAUGUCUAUAUAUGUCAAGAUAUCGGCAUAUCUAGAUGUUUCUAUCAUAUUUCUACUUCUGGCACUCUAAAGGUAAAGGUAAAGCUACCGCUAACGCCACCUACUGACUGCUUCAUAACCUUUUGAAAACAGUCAACACUCCCGCUGUUAUCAUCAUCAUCAUGUGUUGGAACAUGUCCAAUCUGCUUCAUGCACUAAUAAUAUUUAAUAUCUAACAUUCAAUAAUAGCUGCUGCUGCUCCCGCCGCCGCAGAAGAAGCUGCUCCCGCUGCUGAAGGCGAAGCACCUGCUGCAGACGGUAAACCAGCCUGCAAAACCCACAACCUGUUCCUGCUGCUCCUCUCUCUUUGUACCGUAGACGGUUAUUUCAUUGGAUUUAAAAGAAAAGAGUCUCCAGUAUUGUUACGGCUACCUCCCAGUGAGGGAGACAGAGAGAUGUGAGAUGCUUAUUUAAUGCUGCCAGUUCUAUAAUAAUCAUGCCAAUGCCUGUUUAACACCAGCUGAAGCUGCUGAAGCUGCACCAGAAGAGCCUAAAGCGCCCACGCCGCCACCUCCUAUUCCCAAAGGUAACCAUCUAUUCAGAGAAGACGUCACCCGACAAACUCUGAAGUCAUUCUUUGACUUUUUUAUGACUUUUUAGAAACUUUUUAUUGUUGAAUUUUAAUUUUACAGUUAAAAAAUAAAAGCAAAGUCCUGUUCAUGCUUUUAUUUUGAAAAUUCAGGGUUAUCAUGAUGCACAAAUACCAUAAAGUUAACUUCUUUAUUGUUUGGGAAUAAACCUGAGCUGUUUUUGAUUCAGGUUUUUUAUUAUUUUAAGUAAUGAAGUUGCCAGACAGCAUCUAAAUGUACCAAUAUGUUGUAGCUCAGUGGUUCUCAACUGGUGGGUCCCGACCCAUAAAUGGGUCGCGAACACAGUCUGGAAGGGUCACGAACAGCUGGUCAGAAAAAUCAAAUAUUUAAUGUGAUAUUUAUGAGAUAUUUGAUAUUUUCUGUAUGUGCAACUUGAGUAGUUGUCGUCCUCAUGUUGUCCUCUUCAGUUGCUCUGAAAUGCACUUUAUAAAACGAGUGGAUUCACGUUAAAGAUCAGAGUCUUUAAAGGUUCUAUAGAAGUGGGUCGGGUCCCAGAGUGAGACCCGUUCAGAACCUCUGUUGUCGCUCACAGAAUCUUUAUCACUGAGUGUUUGUGGUUCAGAUCCUUCCAGCUGAAUUCAUGAAGUCGUUUGAUUGAUUGAAGACUUGAAUCAUCUCCUCCUACAAACCUCGACUCUCUAACGCCUCUUUACCCUCUCGCCCUCUCCAAAUAUCACUCCUGUCAUUAACAUUUUUGUCGUGGUCCCGCAGAGCCCACCAGCGCUCCUGUGGAUCUGUUCGUCGAGGACAAGAACGACACUUCAGUGACCAUCAUCUGGAGCCAGCCCGAGACCGUGGGACCCACCGGCCUGGAUGGAUACACCAUCGAAGUGGCGAAGGACGGAAGUAAGUCCAGAUCUUACUGACGGCUUAGACCGUGGAGGUGAAUCGACUCCUGGCAUGUGCGUGAAAGAGGUCAGAUUAUUAAUACACCAGCUGACCUUUAGUUUACUACAGAGAGCUUUUACUGCGAGCUCUGAAUCGACAUGUCCACAUCUCAGUGUUUAUACGACUUCUGCGAUUAUAUCGAUAAAGUUUAACGCUUUUUUAAGUCACGUGUGAAUUUGCGGUUUUAAUGUAGGUCAGCCACAUCGCUGCCUGCAGCUGUCCCUGAAGUGUCACUGGCAGAGUUAUUAUAUCAUGAGCUUCCUGACUUCUCCCUACAAGGAAAGAGGCACUUCAGGAGCUGCUGUGGUCCUGCUGGAGGUCCUGCUUUUAGACUCACGGUCCUCGGCUAAUAUCAGCAGCAGCUCAGUGAGGGCUUGAAUUAGCUGACGGGGAAACGCUAAUUACACUCAGAGGAGGGAUCCGAUGAAUGAGAGUCAAACAUAAUCACUGCACAUCUGUCAGAGAGACGCUCGUGUUUUUAUUCACAGUGAAAUCCUUCAGAGGAACUUCAUAAACACAGUCUUUAUUCAAUAAUAUCAGGAUCAAUAGAAGCUCUGUCUUAUUUCUCUCUAAUCAGCUGAUGACUGGAAAGCGGUCAACGAGGAUCUGCAGAAGUCCUGCCGCUACGUCAUCAAGAACCAGACCACCGGAGACCGCCUGAAGAUCCGUGUGGUGGCCGUGAACGCUGGAGGCCCCAGCCCCCCUGUGACCCUCCCUGAGGCUGUUCUGGUGAAGGAGGUGGCAGGUAAGAAAAUAUGACGUUAAUCAACAUUAGACCUCAUUUACUCUGUUUAAUUUUUAUUUUCUGUAAAUCUGUUGGAGAGACUGAGAAGGGGUCAGGUUUAAAUAAGAAUAUUUUCAGACUUGUUUGGUUCACAUUAUUAUUAUUAUUAUUAUUAUUAUUAUUAUUAUUAUUAUUAUUGUUUUGAUUAUUGUUAUUGUUGUUUUGAAUAUUCUCGUUGGUUUUGUUUGUUUUCAGUUUACUCUCUUGUGUUGCACCAACAAAGUCAAAAAAACAUAAUGAAAGCAAGCAGGGGAGACUCCACAGGUGUUGGUUUAACUUUAAAUAAAAAGUCUCGCUGUAGCAAAAUUAGAAAUAGGGACAGUCUAAACGCUGGUAAGUAUCUUAAAAAAAGUUAAAUACUGUGACAAUAAAGCAGAGAAUUCUCUCGUAACAAUGAAAACACACUUUUUGGAUGAACUGUAGAGAGAGGAGAUCUUCAUUUUAGAGAAACUGGAGAAUUUUAGACACAAAAGAAGGAAGUUAAAGGUAUGAAAAGCAAACAAAAAGGUUUUUACCUGUUAAAACCAAAAAAAAGUGUUAAAUUCUGUAAAAAGACGAAGUUUGUGUAGAAAUUACUCAUUUAAUUCGUACAUGAAAACGAUGAAAAAGUGGCAAAUCAGAGUGAAAAUGUGAUCUUUAGUCUGACAGUCUGAGUCUGAUUCUUCAUGACUGUGCGAUUAAAGCUCUAAUUAGACUCUUUCUUAAAUAUAAAAUUAAACUUUUUGAAUAAGUUUUAAUCUGUAGACAGAAACAAACACAUAAGAAGUGUUCAGUAGGAUUAUUAGAUUAAUCCCUGUCUUAAUGAUUCGUCUAAUCCGACUGUAACGUCAAACAGAAACAUGAUUUUUAAAGCCGAGUCCGACCUGAAUGUUCCUGAACCUUUAGUCAGAGUCAAACUGAAGCAGCUCAGAGAAGCUUCUUCUUCUUCUCAGCUGUCUGUGUCGUGUCGUAUUGAACCUGCGUUACAUAAAACUGGAGCCUGAACACAGAUUUCAGUCUUAGUCUGAGACCCUGGUCCACCAAAGUCCACCAAAGUCCACCAGAGCAGUUUUUAGGGUCUUAAAGAGGCGGUUUCUCUAAAUCACAGUAGACUGUAAAUCUGGAGUGAUUCACUGUAAAAUGAUUAAUGCUCUAAAAGGAGGAGGGCUGUCACUUCAGCUUUCACACGAAUCAUCGUUAUGCGUAACGGAGACCUGAGCAGGAGGGGCGAGGUCACCCGAUACAGACUGAAGUGGCUCUGCUUCAAGAUCCACGACCGUGUCCUCCAACGUGUUCAUCAUAGCAGGAGGUCCAGGUGUGGGAUCAACUUAUGAAAGGUUUCCGCCAAAUGAACCGCAGAGAGUUUGUGGAAAAUAGCGGGCGUGUUAUCGCCGUUAACCCAGAUUUUCUCCCAUGGAGGGGUCGGCGUCGCACCGUGAACUCUGCCAGGUUUCAUUCUGGAGGGGUGUCAGGGUCCUGUUCUGCAAGAUCGAUGGCGACAAGUGAUCUCAGGAGGGGGGGGUGGAAGAGGGGCGGGGGUGGACGGGUGGUACAUUCCUGAGCGUCUCAGAUGUACAGAGGGGUGUUGGGGGGUGGGGGUGUGCAGGGUGGUGGAUAUAGAUCCUUGGUCUCAGGUGGCGCCCAAAUCUCAUGACACUUUCAGAGAUUCACUGUUUGCUUUUUGAACAUGCCGCAGACUUUACAGCGAGAAAUUAGAAAGUGUAAUCCUCUUUAAUGAAGUGAGAAGAGACGCCUAAUAAAAGUGUAAAUGAAUCUUCAGAGGAGCUUUAAAAACCGAUUCAGACAAACGAAACAAACGAAACAAACGAAGAGUCAAAGUCGGCCGCAGAAGAGAGACGGUAAAAUCUAAUCAGGAGCUUUCUCUCCCCUCUCCUUCCUCGUCUAUCUUUGAUAUAUUCGGAUGAGCGUGGGUGUAACUGGAGGUGGGGAUCGUGCGUCAUGGCGGGGGGUGAUCCACUACAGUGGUCCGUCUUUAUUUAGAGUCCUGACAAAUGCUGCUCUGCAGGACUCAGCAGGUGUUCCUCCUCUUUUAACAAAUGAGUCCCGGUCCCAAACCUCUAAGUGUGAUCUCAAACACCCUCACGGUGGAUCACAGUCCUCAUGAUCCGCUCUUCAUGGUGGUUUAUGGGAUAUUUCAGGGUCCAGUGUUUAGCACAGUCCGGAUCAGAGGGCGGCUUUACAGUCACAUUGUUCACAUUAAUUUGAAAGAACCUCCAAGCUUCACCAAAGACUUUAAGACUCACAAAUCCUUCAUGUUUUAUUGAUUUUAAUCCUCCAACAGCAGAUUUACAUUUCCUACUCUUUCACUUUCUUAGUCUUAAAUCAUCCGGUCCGGUCCGGUCCGGUCCGGUUCUGUCAUGUGGACCAGCUUCAGGUUUCACAUGUAGGUUUAGUUCAGCCGGUCGCCUCAUGUACAGAAGUAUCAUCCUUUUCACACCUCGUAGGAUGAAAUCCUGAUCCCCACAGGAUUUGGUGUGUAUCAUCCCCCUCCUAUCAGAACAUUCAGGGGCGUAUCCAGAGGGAUGGCCAGGGGGGACAGCUCCCCGGCCACCCCUUUACAAAAAAUCUGAUUUCCUGCUUAACCAGCUUCUUUUGAAUCCUUUUAAUGAUUAAACUAAGGUCAAGUCAAAGUCUUUAAACUCACUUCUAAACUUUUCUCCUUCAAACACUUCAAAUUUAAUUUUUUUAACAUCUAUAUCAGGUUUAAUAAAAAUGCACACAGUACUUCAAGUUUUAGCGACCACCUUUCAUACUCUCAGACUACACUGGUGCGACAUUAUUGGAAAUUACAUUGGAAAUACAAAAUAAUGGACUUUUUUGACUUUGGAUUGAAAAUGCAAUCAACUGCAACCCACUUAAAUUAAAUUACAGUACAUAGAUACGUAUAUAUAUAUAAAAAAAGACAAAAAAGGGCAAAGAAACCAAAUCUAAAGAACCGUCUGAGUCAUUUUAAAGAAGAAUAAAGUCUCAGAUUUUUACAGCCUGUCCUGUUUUGCACAGAUUCUUCUUCUGUGUCUCCUUUACUGUUUUCUCCUCAUUGUUGCUCAAAACAAAAAUCAAACAUUAAUCUAAAGACAGGAGGCAGAUUCACAGUAAAAAUGGAUUAAAGACUUAAUCUAAGUGUCACUUUUAAAGCCUGUUGAGUCAGACCCAGACCCUGACGGCUCCAGUCCAGCCUCUCUGGACUUAGUUCUGCUCGACUUGCUCAUCGAUUCUGCUGAGAUUUGUUGGACUCUCAUGCUGAGGCGUCUGAAGAGAUGCUAAUCGUUGUUUUAAAGCUGAUUUAUCUUUCACUGAUCAGCUGAUGGACCAAAUAAGGUGUCAUUAGAAAGGCUGAUGAAUAUUCGUGGACUUGAACAGCUGAUGGUUUCAUUUAUUUGUUCUUCUAUAGAUCGUCCUAAGGUCCGCCUGCCCCGCUUCCUCAGGCAGAGAUAUGUGGCCAACGUUGGCGCCAAGAUCAACCUCACCAUCCCCUUCACCGUAAGCCGAACACGACUUUUAAAGGAUCAAUAAAUCCGAUCUUCACCGUGGUUAACUGUCUUCUUUUGUCCUCCAGGGCAAACCCAAACCCGCGGUCUCCUGGACUAAGGACGGUCAGCCCCUGGACACAAAGAGAGUCAACAUCCGCAGCUCCGAUAGAGACAGCAUCCUGUUCAUCCGCGCCGCCGAGAGGGAAGACUCUGGCGUCUACGAGAUGUGCGUGAAGGUGGAGGACUUCGAUGACAAGGCUCAGCUGAUCCUGCAGAUCGUCGGUGAGGUUUUCACCCAGAAGAGGGCGCCGGACUGACGUGGUUUCAAUCAGACUCUGUAAAUAAUCGUUGUCCUGUGGUUCUCAGAGCUGCCUGGCCCUCCCGCCAGUGUGAAGAUCGCGGACACCUGGGGCUUCAACGUGGCUCUGGAGUGGACCGUACCCUCCGACAACGGAAACACAGAAAUCACCGGAUACACCAUCCAGAAGGCCGACAAGAAGACUGGAGUGAGUUCUUGUUUUUGGAUGAUGUCCAUUCAGAUGUUGUCGAUAUUAACUUCAGUAUUUUAUGACCUAACGUCUCAGAAAUGCUCUUACACCGUUUUUAAAUCACUCUGACCAGAUUUAACUGAAAGGUUUCCCCAAAAAUAUGAACCGUACUCAUCGUCAAACAUUUUUCCUUUCCUUUCUUUGCUCGUGUUUCUCCAGGACUGGUUCACUGUUUUGGAGCAUUACCACAGACUGAACGCCACCAUCUCCGACCUCAUCAUGGGAAACACCUACAAGUUCAGAGUGUAUUCUGAGAACAAGUGUGGAAUGAGCGAGGGCGCCACUACAGCAAAGGAGGAGGCCAAGAUCCUGAAGACAGGUCACUUUUUAUUUUUUAAUUCUCAGCUAAUAAAACUCGUCAGUGUCAUCGUUAUUUAUCUUAAAGCUCCUGCGAGGACUUUUGAACAGCUGACCAAACAGACGUAAACGACACCGAUGUUUUUAGAGGACAUGCAAAAGCAAAAACAGACCAUCCAGAUUGAGAUCGAUUAUUUCUUCAUCGUCAUUUUUACGUAUUUUACUGACAAUAUGCUGCAAACUUAACGUACACAUGCGCAAAACCAGAUAAACAAAAAAAAAAUCUAAGUCCCCAUUUUAACCACAGGUGGCGCCAAAAUCAAAGAAAGUUCCGGUUUGCUAGUUUAGGUGCAUUCAAAGGUGAAAUCCUGGUUCUUAUUUUCCUCAAACUUCACUUCCUCUUGAAGAGUCUCUUUAAAUCUUAACUAAUGCGACAGAAAACGGCGUGCUGUCGUAGAAGUUUAGCCGUCCAUCUAGAUGUAAAUGACUCGAGUAGCUAAAAACGCCAUCGAUUCUGUCGCUGUGGAAACCGUCGAUCAAACUGUAACAUCACAGACGCUGAUAUUGCUAUUGACGCUUAGUUAGGUGGUGUUCAUCACAAAGUUUUACUGCCAACUAGUGGCCUGGCAUGAGAACUGCAGCCUAUGGAAACCAUGUACACCCCAGUCGAUUUCACAAUGACCCCGGGUGACGUGAUACUCGAAGGAACCACAGAGUCCUGCUUCAGUAUUGUUGGUUUGUCUGGUUUGAAAUUGAAAAUGAAAUAUAGUGACCCUGUGAAAGAGUAAAAAAUGUCUCUGUAGAUCCAAUCAGCUCAUUUAAAGGCUUAAAAAAGCCGAACAAGUCUUAUUUCCCAACAAUGUCCAUUUAUGAAAUCACAGUUUUAUAAAUACCAUGCUCCUUUUCUGCUAAUAUAUGAUUUUAAAUCCUCAAACUGGUUCUUCAAAUCUCAUAUUUGCUCAGAAGCUAACAUCACAUCUCGUCUCCUUCAAGCAGAAAAGUCGUGGUUUGCUUGUUGAAGAUGACCUUUAUCAAACUGAACGUCCCAUGACUCGUCCAAACUAGAAGACCAAACAGAUCUGACCGUCCCACAGUUAAUGUCUUCUUUCAGAGGGUUCACGCUCCGCUCCGUUUCUCUCCACUCUCCAGGUAUCGAGUACAAACCUCUUGAGUUCAAGGAGCACGACUUCAGCGAGGCACCCAAGUUCACCACCUCUCUGAACGACAGAGCCACCACCGUGGGCUACAGCACCAAGCUGCUCUGCUCCGUCAGGGGAUUCCCAAAGGUACACCACCCGCUUUUUCAGGACCGUUUUCUCCCUGGAAACACGAGAUCCAAAACAGCUGAGCUGGAAACAGCAGUUUGAUAAACACCAGAGGAAGUUCACUUCAGCUCUACAGUGACCGUAUAAAACUUAAAUUUUAGAGUCAACAUUUGAUUAAAGCAGCGCCUCGUGUCUUUAACUCUCUUAUGGGAAAACUGAUAGGGACACGCUGGAGUCCUGUGAGGACCCCCUGGAGGUCCACACCCCCAAUUUUAGAGCCGCUGUUCUCAACAACAGCUCGGCAAAGUUUAUCUGAUGGUUUGAAUUACAGACAGUGUCAGACUGACGAUAAUGGAUGUUACUCGACUCAUUAAGAAUAAAAACAAACCUGCUGAUCCAACAGCAACAAACCAAACCUGACGAAGAAACUUUUAUAACUUAUAUUCGUUAACUUUGAAACGUAACACAACUGAGUUACACAUCUAGAUUUCCAGAACUUAAUUCUUGAACAUCACAGAGAAGAAGCUGUUUGUCCAAAAUCACCAUCUAAAAGACGACAUUAAACACUGAAAUGACGAGGAAAACGGCCGACCUUGGUGCAGGAUUUCAGGGCGGUCCCUGGGGAGGACACCCCCUUGUUACGCCUCUGGUUAUCACUGACCCUUUAAUUGAACUUCAGAUGAGAGUCGAUUUAUUGACACACAAACAUGUCCACCUUUAUUAACUCAGGCCGUGUCAUUUCAGACAGUUACUAUUGGUUCUUCUCCUACCAACAUACCAACACAAUCUAGAAACGUUCGUCCAUGUUUGAUGAAAAUCCAGUUUCAGUCGGACUAAUUUAUUGACCACGGUGAAUCCGUACUGAGUGAAUCCUCUGCUCAGAGUCUUUUGUCAGCAGCUGGGCUCAGGUCCUGGCCUUGUUAGCCUGCUGUCUGAGCCUCUCACCUCCUGUUUGAGCUCAUAAUCCCACCGUGUCACAACAGAGCACAGAGUGGAGAUGGUCUCGAUGAGAGUUGGUGUUUCUUGCUUUUGAAGCGGCGUAGCAGGAGGAGAAGAGGCCCUGAGAGGUGAUGGGUCAGCGGGGAGGCUGGGUCACAUGUGUAACAUUCCCGGUGAGGCCCCAGGAGGUCCUUAACAUGUCAGUGCCAUUAAAAGUCCUAACUUGGCUCUGCACUGUUUGUCCACUUCAAUCAAGGAGGCUUUCUACAGCCAAGUGUCUGAAACAAAAAUAGAAACACAACCGCUGCUUGUUUAUUUGUGAGAUUAUGUUUGUGACAGGAUGAGAUUAGUCAGUUUUAUUACCACAUGCCAACAGAAAUAUUAUCUUUCCCUCUCUGCAGCCCAAGGUUCAGUGGAUGAAGAACCAGAUGAUCAUUGGUGAUGAUCCUAAGUACAGGCAGAUCUGCGUCCAGGGUAUCUGCUCCCUGGAGAUCCGUAAGCCCGGUAACUUUGACGGUGGUGUGUACUCCUGCAAAGCCAAGAAUGAUCACGGAGAGGCAACCGUCAGCUGCAAACUGGAGGUCAAACGUAAGUCAAGAGUCCCAAUUAAUCUAAAAAUAUUAUAUCCAAGCUGUCGUGUUCACUCUGCCUGUAUUUUUAUGACCCUAAAAAAUGGUUCUCUCUUUUUAAACAGAGCCAGCAGUCGCAGCAGAGGCAGAGAAGAAAUAG